AUGCAUUUACCUAGGCAACAAGCUUCAACCACUUCCACUAAGCUUUCCAACCCCACAGCAUCAGAAGCAAACAUAGGUGGAGUAUCAGCUGCAGAUCUUAUCCAACAAGCAGAUAGUCACUGGGAUGUAUCUGCAACCAAUAUUUUAGCAGCUUGGGUAGCUUGCAUGGUAGGCAUUCUAUUGAUCCUCCUAUUGUAUUCUACUGUGAGGUUGAAAUGGCGCAGGAUUUAUUUACCAAGAUGGAAGCUCAGGAAACCCUCUCAACCCAGAGAAGAGAAAGAGGAAGAUAGGUUGAGAUUAGCUCAAAUGAGUAAGAGAGGUCAAAAAGAAUACCUCAAGAAGAAGUUCAAGGAAGAACCUGAGUAUUAUCCUGGAUUUAUCAAGAAGAAACACCCUGGUGAUGAGAAGGGAUACAGAUGGGUUGAAAAGGAAGAUGAUGGUGUGUGGAGUGGGAAAGCACCAAAAGCUCCCAUAAGCUUCUUUGGCUGGGUAAGACCAAACUGGGAAGACACCAUGACAGAACUUAUGGCUAUAUUGCCCAAAGGGUUUUGCUGUUGCUGGAGUGUACUUGGUCUAAGGUUUUGUGUCCAGAAAAGAGGGCAAAAGACAAGAAAAACCAUCUUGGAACAGGAUAUCAAAGGUCUGAGAAUGCUUGGCCUAGAUGCUGUCAUAUACCUUAUGUUCUUGAGACUCCUCAAAUAUCUCUUUGCAGUUAUAUCAGUCUUGGCUGUCUGUAUGGCAUUUGCAAACUAUUAUAUCAAUACCAAAACUAUCUAUGGCAGUACAAAUGCACUAUCAAGUUCAAGCUCAAAUGAUUCCACAGACAAUGAUACCAAAUCAGAUAAUGGGAAUAUGACCAAUGUCAUUGAUAAUCCCAAUUUGCUGACUGCUGCCAAUAUCAAGAGCAAUGGAUUGUUGGUUCAUGUCAGUUUUGAGAUUAUUGUGACCAUGCUGGUCAUUAUUUUUGUUUUGAAAGCUUGUACUCAUUAUGCAAGGCUUGUGAAAGAAUGGGCAAAGAUGAAUAGAAAUGAGAUCUCUUCCAAGACUCUGUUCAUCACCAACCUCUCAAUCUCUAAGACAACAACAACAGGAGCCAAGAAACAGAUAACCAACUUAGUCUUAGGUGAGAACCUACAAAAUAUACCAUGUGAAGUAUGGUUUGCUGUGCAUAAACUCAACCCCUUGGAAAAGAGGAUAGAGAAGUUCAAGAAAGAAGCUUUCUCCAAAGCCAUUGAAGCUGUUGCAAUGGAGACCUUCUAUGAGGGUCAGGAGGGACAGAGAAACCAUGUUUAUGAUAGUUGUUGGGACAGAUUGAUGGGAAGGAGCAAAAAUGCUAGGACCAAGGUCAAUGAAGCAUUGAAGGAAAAACAUCAGAUAGAGGAAGUGCAAGAGCUGAUCAGAUAUGAGCAAGGUGGUUCAAAUUGGAAAGACCUGAAUGGGACUGUCACUGCAGCAUUUGUCACUUUACCCACAGCCAGGCAAGCAAAGACCAUCCUUUUUCAAAGAAAAGUUGACUUGGCUCACGCUGGAUAUACCCUACAGAAGGCUCCAAGAACCCACAAUGUACUGUGGAAAAACCUAGAAAAAGAUGCCAAGGCCAAACACUCUUCUGAAAAAUUCGCAAAAUUGGCAUUGAUCUUUGUGUGUUUCCUGAAUACAAUCCCAGUGAUGGGUAUUGUCUUCUUGACCAAUAUUGGGAUUGCCAUAGACAGGUAUCCAAAGCUCAAACAAAUGCAGGAAGAUUCCCAAUUUUGGAAAGUAAUAUUUAUGAUCAUUGAAGGUGUUCUACCUGCAGCUGUAGCAGCCAUUUUUGCUUAUUUUCUCCCAUACAUCAUGAGAGAGCUGAAUAGGUGGUCAGGAUCAAUCACAAGAGGUCAAUUGGAUAAAGAUCAAAUAAGACAGGUUUUCAUAUUUCUGCUGGUAUCAAACUUUGUUGUUUUUGGUUUAAUUGGUGUGCUUUAUGAGACUAUCUCAGGAAUUUAUUCAAAGAUAGGUGAAGAGUCCAUUGGGGAUAUAUACAAGAGUAUAGGUGAUUUGCCUGCCAAGAUCACAAGAGCUUAUAUCUCUCAAAGCUUGUAUUGGUUUUCUUGGUAUCCGAUAAGAUCUAUUGUGAUGUGGCUACAGUUGUUACAAGUGCCGAGAUUGAUAUUGAAGACUCCUCAACUACUGAAGUUCAAAACUCCACAGGAUCUUGCAGAAGUUACUCUAGCCAUUCAUUUUGAGCUUGCUCUGGAAGUCUCUUUCAUUAUCUUUGCAAUGUGUGUGGGGUUGAUUUACGCGCCUUUGGCUCCCAUUGUGGUGAUUGGAGCAACCAUACAUUUCUGGUCUGCUCACAUUGUGCAUUCUCAAGCCCUCAAGUUUGUGAAUGAUACCAAAGAGACAGAUGGUGAAUGCUGGUGGGUGAUCAUCAACAGACUACUGAUGGGAACAGUUUUCAUGCAAUGUUUGAUGGUCUUAACUGUAACUUUAAAGACUCAAUCACCUCCUAUGGCAAUAGCAGCUGCCUUGCCCAUAUUCUUGAUCGUCUUAUUCAAACUGUACUUGAAUAAACAUUACAAGGAUGAUAAUUUGAAUAUCCUCUAUGAUGGUGAUUCUGAAAUUGGACAAGGGGAGAAAGAAAUAUUAGAAAAGUAUGUUCCGGAUAUAUUAAGAUAUGAUUGGAUGCCUAGAGGGAAAACGGUUAGAAAUAGAAAAUUGAUGGAUAGAGCAAAAAAGAAGAUACCAGGCUUGAAAGAAUUGAUGAUGGUUGGUACGAAUACUAAUGUUGACAAUAAGUCUAGACAAAGAAGAAGAAUGUUUAGGAAAAAGAAUUAA